UCAAUACCUAUGUCUGGAGUCAGAAAGAUGGAAUCUGGAAGCCAACCUUGGUGAUCUUGAGGAUUAAUCAUGCAGCCAUCUUUGUGAAAUGGUCUCCCCUGGAGAAUAAAUUGCUAUAGGUAGUGGAGUUUGACUGAAUUCUGUGUGCUACUUUGAGUCUGAAAAUGACUGGUGGGUAAGCAAAAACAUAAAAAAGCCAAUUCAUUCUAUUGUCCUUAAUUUGUACUGGCACCCCAACAAUGUUUUGCUGGCUGCUGGAAUGCAGAGUAUUUUCUGCCUACAUUAAAGAAGUUGAUGAAAAACCAGCCAGUACUCCAUGGGGUACCAAGAUGCCUUUUGAUCAGCUGAUGUCAGAGUUUGGUCAUAUUGGAAGUGGUGGUUGGGUCCAUAGGGUCAGUUUCUCUACCAGUGGGAACCACCUCGCUUCGAUCAGCCAUGAUACUACUCUAUCAGUUGCUGAUGCCUCUAAAAACAUGAUGGUUUCACAGCUGAAAACAGAGUUCCUCCCACUCCUGAGUGUGUUGUUUGUCUCUGAGAAUAGCAUGGUGGUUGCUGGCCAUGACUGCUGCCAGAUGUUGUUUAAUUAUGAUGAUCAUGGCCCCUUGACCAUCCUCUCCAAAUUAGACAUUCCAAAACAGAGCAUUCAGUGCAACGUCUCUGCCAUGGAACACUUCUGCAACAUGGACAAGAGCGCCACAACCGAGGAUCACAACACUGCUCUAGACACACUACACCAAAACAGUAUCACCUAAGUGUCUAUUUAUGAAGUGGACAAGCAAGACUGCCACAAAUUUUGCACCACUGGCAUUGAUGGAGCUAUGACAAUUUGGGUUCAAGACUUUGGAGUCUUUGGUUCAGGGGCUAUGAAUCAUAUGAAGCUGUAUUUCCAUUCUCUAGAAUGGCAGACAUUUAACAGAAUGCAACUCUAGCAUUUGCAUGAAGAUGGGAAAGACCCUACCACAAGCUAAACACUGAGAAAAUACCCCUUGCAGAUGUUUUUUAUUGUUUGUUUUUUUUUUAAACAUAAUGGUGGUCAUAUUGGUUUUAAAAAAAAUCAGCAGUGAUGUCUUUUUGAUUGGCUAUUUUAUUCCAUUCUUGACCAAAACUGCUCUUUUAUGUAGUUUAUUGUGGGAACUUGU